UGUAAUCAUGGACCCAGACUGCGAGCUGAUGGAGAGAUUUGAGAAAGAAAAAGGACAUACAGAGAAAGUAUGGGUAUUUCGGAAGCCUUUGAUAAUUUCUUUUUGUUUUCUGACAAUCUCAUAUGUAAUCAUCUUAGCACUCUUCAUAACUGUCUCCUACAAAGUUUCUACACUCAGUUUAAAAGUGAAUCAUUUGGAGAUUCCUAGAAACAACACAGCAGACAUCAAUAUUUUGGACCUUAAGACGUUAAAUGAAAUGAGGAGUAAUGCUUCUGAAAUUGCUUCAAAACUGAGAAAGUUGGAAACUUCUACAAAGACAGACACCACGGGAGUUUCUCUAAUGGACCUUGUUAACAAGUUAAAUGAAGUUAGAAGUAAUGACACUACAGGAGUUUCUCUAAUGGACCUUGUUAACAAGUUAAAUGAAGUUAGAAGUAAUGUUUCAGAAAUUGCUUCAAAACUGAGAGAGUUGGAGAAUUCUACAAAGACAGCUACAUCUGGAACGUCUCACUCAGCCAGCAUUGCUGAUCUGAAUGAAUUGAGGAGUAAUGUUGCUGGACUUGCAUUAAAACUACAUAAGAUGGAAAAUGCAUCAAAAAAGGCGUCCUGUGAAAGCGGCUGGUUGACCUUCGGUAACAACUGCUACUACUUUUCCAGCACAAAAUCUGACUGGAUGAAAGCACGGGAUAUGUGUAUGAAGAACGACAGUGAUCUGGUUGUAAUAAAUAAUAAGGAAGAGCAGGAUUUUAUUUCUGAAAGAACCAGUAGCAUGAGAUAUUGGAUCGGCCUGUCUGAUUUGGAUGAUGAAGGUGUAUGGACAUGGGUGGAUGGGACAGACUACGAGAAAUCAUUCAAUGUAUGCAAAAGAUGGAAAAGGCUGGUAAUGGACCGUACCUUGUGGAGACACGUUGAUCUGACAUCUUGCAAGCUGAAUUCAAAGAUUAUAUGGCACCUUCUGAGACACUGGCUUGGCAGCGGAUUGCAAACUUUGAUGAUUACUGGGUUUUUACAUACAGCAAAGAAAUCUGAGUUCCUAACUACAGCUGUUUUCUUGGAAUUGGAAAAACGUUUUCCAAGCCUUGAAACCCUCUCUUUGCGGCAAACAAAUUUCCGAUCUGUGAACUAUGAUUCUUUUCCUAGUACAUUGAAAUCCCUGGAGCUUAUACGGUGUGAGGUGCCCAUGCUCUGGUUCCAGCCAUCUCCUGGAAGAAGUGGUAGAUUUCCAAAACUGGAGACCCUUAUUUUAAAUGAAGUGCCUUCAUUCUCCAGCUACCAUUUAGAGACCAUCUGUAGUCAUUCUGAUCUGAAGACUUUGUUGCUCUCUGGUACCUACAGAGUGACUGAUAUAGGAGUCCAACAAGCGGCUCCCCACUUGAAACAUUUGAAACACUUAAAACUUCAGGGUUGUAAUAUCACAGACCUCUCCAUGCAUUUAAUAGGGAAAUAUCUGAUGUCUCUCAGAACAUUGGAUCUGAGAAAUGUCUGCACUCUAACAGAAGUUGGUCUUGCAUCCCUUUCUAAUUUAAAGACUCUUGAAAAGCUGUGGCUAGAAUAUUGUUGCAGCCUCUACUCAAGCUCUAUUAUAUCUGUCUGUACCACCUUACCAUCUCUAAACCAUCUUCAUCUCAAUGGAACUUUUGAGGGCCACUAUGUAGAUAUCGUGCAAAAGAGCCUACCGAACUGUAGAGUUACUAAUACACUCCUUAAGUAGUAUAUAAAAAAUAAAAACUGACUAGUUGUCAUACUAGAAAUAAUCUCUACCUUUUUUACUCUUCAAUGUAAUAGCUGUUUAUACAGCCUUAAAUCUGUUUUUGUUUAGAUAUGUCUCUAUCUUAACUUGAAAGGAUUUUAAAGUGACAUAGUACUGUAAAAUUUGUUUCCCUUUGAUGUGUUUCAUAUAACUUACACCAGCUUCAAGUAAAAUAUAUAUUAGAAAUUACCCAUAUUGGUUCAUUUUUGUAUUUGAAAUAGCCAUUUUACGUAGGAAAACAGCCCAUUUAAAUUGACUGAGCUUGCAGAAAGAACAGUCAUUAUUUUAUUGCUCCAUACACAGACAUGCUUCAUUUUCUCUUUUUUUUUUUUAAGUUUCAAAGGGCUUCCUUUUCUUAUAUUUGUCUAUACACAAAGGCUAGUAGAGAGCAAUGGAAAAGUAAAUAAACACUGUACUAUUAAAAUUAAAAAAAAAACAUAGAAACAUAGAAUUUGACAGUAGAUAAGAACCAAAAAGGCCCAUCAAGUCUACCCAUAUUACAUGUUACUUUUUUCUUAGGAUAGCCUUAUGAAUGUCCCAGGCAUUUUUUAAUUCCUUUACAGUCUUUGCGUUUACCACCUCAAAUGGAAGUUCAUUCCAUGAAUCCACCACCCUUUCUGUAAAAAAAUGCUCCCUUAAAUUUCUCCUGAAUCUGCUACCCUCUAACUUUAGAUUGUGACCCCUUGAUAGAAAUAUCCCCUUAAUUUGUCCUAAAUUACUUGUUACACUUACUGCAGAGUAUAAGAUGUAUGGAAAAAUUGUUCCUUUGUGUGUAUUUCUGUAUUUGAAAUAGUUGGGGGGUCUCAUUAAAACCUUCACCUUGGACAUCCCCAUAACAAUGGACUGAACCUACAAGUAUUUCAAUUAGGUGUUGAAAUGCUAAUUAUGGAUGGGGGUUGAAUAAACACAAGCGGCUAUUUCACAUACAAAAGCUCUCUCUCCCUCAUACCCUCACUGGGGAAUUAAAGGGAAAGUAUACUGUAAAAUUGCUUUUCCCUUAAUGUUUUUCCAAUAACUUGUUAUACCAGUUGCAGAGUAUAAAAUGUAUGAGAAGUUGCAUAUUUGUGUAUAUGAAAUAGUUAGUUUUGUGUUUUGAAACCACAGCCUAUUGAAAUGGGUUGAACUUGCAGAUAUCAGAUGCCAUUAUGUUAUUACUUUGUGUACACACACUUGCUUCCUUAUCUUAUAUUUGUCUGUAAACAAAAGCCCAAUACUUAAAGAGAACAAUGGAAAACUAUUUCAUUAGUUAUCUCUUCUACACCCCACCAGGAGUGUAAUUUCUUCUGCUGGUUGUGUUUACAUAGCUUAUUAAUAGCUUGGACUUAAAGGGACAGUAUACUAUAAAAUUGUUUUUCCCUUAA